AUGGAAGACCUGGGACCAUACAAGCAAGAGCAAUGGGGCGCAGGACCUUCGAACCCGGAGUGGGUCUGUGAGUGGCCAGCCGUGAAGCACGUUAAAAAGAAACAAGCCAAUACAGCAGGCAUAUGCGAGAACACAGGGGAAAGAUCACAUAGUAUGCCGAUCAUCGUAAAAAAUGCAACCUCGGUUCCGGUUGCGAGUAACCCAAUUGUGGGCAAAGAUUCAAAAAGAGCGAAGAACUGGGCCGCUAUGUACGGAAGCACACAGGAGCGAUCAUCUGUCGAGCAUGUAAAGUGGUCUCUGCAAACAAAGCGGAUGCAAAUCUUCAUUGAUGAAGGAACCAAAUCAAAAGAGCAAUAUUCUAAGAAAAGCUUGGUGAAAGUUCCCAUGAAAGCAGGAAACAGCAAGAUAGAUAAUAUGACGGAGAAGGAGCUCGCCGAGUUCGCCGCAAAGAUUCGCAGACAUCCCGGUGGUGACGGUCAGAAACUUGGCGGUCUUCGCGCGACGUUCCCCCAAUCCUACGCCAAGAUGAGCGCUCCGUCGGCGGCGGAAACCGACGCCCAAGCAGAGAGCGUCGCCAACACGUCCGGCAUCACCACCGAGUCUUUGCAGAGGACCAUAACCGAGAAGCUAGAAGCGAAACAUGUUGACAUAGAAGACAUGUCAGGCGGCUGUGGCCAGAUGUUUCAAGCCAUGAUCGUCUCACCCCUCUUUGAGAAGAAGAAUAGUCUCGCACGACAUCGACUCGUCAAUUCAGCCUUGAAGAGUGAGAUUGCAGCUAUUCAUGCCUGGACACCAAAGUGCUUCACACCUGAGGAAUGGGAGAAAAAGCAGUCGCAAUAA